AAAAGCACCAGCCUGACAAACCAGAGGGGCACUGCUAAGCCAGGAACAUCUUCAGGAUGGACCUUUUCCUUCUCUGCGUGUUCCUGCCUCUGGUGACUGUGGCAUGGGGCCAAUACAGUGACUAUUAYUAUGGUCCCUAUAAUUAUGGAGAUAACGACGAAUGGGUCAAUGUCUACCGGCAGGGUUUCAACUUUCAGUGCCCACAUGGGCAGGUGAUUGUGGCCGUCAGAAGUGUUUUCAGCAAGAAGGAAGGCUCUGACAGACUGUGGAACUAUGCCUGCAUGCCAGCAUCCCAGAGCCUCGGUGAGCCGACAGAGUGCUGGUGGGAAGAGAUCAACAGGGCAGGAACUGAAUGGUACCAAACCUGCUCAAACAAUGGGCUGGUGGCUGGUUUCCAGAGUCAGUAUUUUCCAUCGGUGCUGGACCGUGAAUGGCAAUUCUACUGCUGCCGCUACAGCCGGAGAUGCCCGUACUCCUGCUGGUUAACAACAGAAUAUCCAGGACACUACGGAGAAGAUAUGGACAUGAUGAUGUACACUUAUGACUACUACAUCCGUGGGGCAACCACAACUUUCUCUGCUGUGGACAGGGAUCGUCAGUGGAAAUUUAUUGUCUGCAGGAUGACAGACUAUGACUGCCCAUUUCAAAAUGUUUAAAAAGCUUGAGUGUACUCCACUUGGAAAGCUUGGAGACACACCAGGCGGGAUGAGGAUUAGUGAUUACAGGAGAAGGUCAAUUAGGCUCACAAAAAAAUACCAACACUCAUCAGCUGUCUGCUGAAGAUACAAUUCUUUCCCUCUGGAGCUAAUACAUAAAUUACCAACCCACAUGCUUGCAACAGUGAAUUCAGAGAUUUUUCGAAGCUGCACUGACAGUUGUAUUCCCCAAUUAAAUUUGCUUAUGACAUACAUGUUUAUGAUACAYAACUCUAUGGCAUCUGCACAGUUACCUUUCUUAUAUAUCCAUGUAGCCAUUCUGAACACGUACAACUUCCUUUCACAUAACAACUCUGUAUAAAUGGCUUCCCAGUGCAGUCACUUCCCAAUAAAGUGGAAACAUACUAUAACUUCCCAACAUACACUAGACUUUCCUGUCUUCUACUUUAUACUUGGAACCAAUCCAGAGAUCCCUACCAGCUUCUCGGAGUUCAGUAGCUGGAAUUGUGGAGAAAACGUCGUCAGAAGGUCUCUGAUGGGCUGCAUCUGGCAUUACCUGUUGUAGCCCUCAAUGUGACUCCACUGCAACAAAUGUCUGCCCACACAAGGGAAUUCUGGGUAUUUACAACAUGCAAUAUCUGAUAAAAAUGAGAGUAGAUACAUCAAUAAAACCAGAAGUCUAACCMAGUUUUACUGAGAGUCUCUUUUAUGUUGUCUUAAAAAUCUCUAAUGACGAAAGAGCUCUGCUCAGGGCAAACUCAGGAGUAGAUCAGGCCACCCACUCUCAUUAAAUAUGGAUAUUAGGUUCUUCAGGACUUUCCUUCUCAAGUGGAUUGGGUUUCCAG